AUGAGCUUUGGAUGCUUUGUGGUUAGGGCUGUGGUGCCUAUAAUUCAGGGUUAUGAAGAUGCCGGGGACUUCUCAGUGCCUGAAAGAUUGAAGACCAGUGCACAUGUAAACUUAGUCUUCUACGUCUGUGUCGGUUCUAUUGCACUUUGUGGAGUUAUACUGCACAUAAUUUUGCGCAAAAAAUGGAGAGGUAUUGUUGGUUUUGCUAUGGCUUGCUCAAAUACUUCUGGUCUUGUGACUGGUGCAUUUCUUCUUGGUUUUGCUUUGAGUGUAAUUCCAAAGGGAAUUUGGAAAAAUGCGGAUUGGACCACUCGUCAAAAGUUUCACUUUCAUAAAGUGGCUAGAAUGGCUGUGAAACUUGAUGAUGCUCAUCAAGAAUUUUCAAAUACUAUUGUUGUUGCUCAAGCAAUAUCAAAACAAAUGUCCAAGUGUGAUCCUCUGAGACCAUACAUGAAUAUUAUUGACAAGAUGUUGCUCCAGAUGCUCAAUGAAGACCCUUCUUUCAAACCCCAAGGUGAUAGAUUGGGAGAAAAUGACAUGGAUUAG